UGAGGAGCAAUUUGCUAUGUCCAUCGCCAGUUUUAAACAAACUUACAAAAAUUAGCCUCCCCGAGUGAUGAUGGAGAUUUUGAGAAAAAAACAAGUCCAGCAUUUGUACGGUGCUUCACUAGUACUCUUGUUCGUCUUGUGCUUCUUUUUCUGCUCCUGCAAUAACAAGCGACAAGUAAUAAGUGAUGCAAAGGUUGAUGAAGAUUCGGUGAUCAUUUCGAGGUUCCAGAAGUACUUGCAAACAAAGACUGCGCAACCGAAUCCCAAUUACUAUGAGGCAGCCGAUUUCAUACUUUCCGAGGCGAAGUCUUUAUCGUUGGAAUCACAGAUAAUUGAGUUUGUGGAGGGCAAGCCUCUGAUUCUCCUGAAAUGGCCUGGAAAAGACCCUGCACUUGCUUCUGUGAUGCUGAAUUCUCAUACAGACGUUGUCCCCGCGGAGGAGGAUAAGUGGACUUAUCCGCCUUUUGAGGCCGUCUUGGAUGAUGAGGAUGGGAAUAUUUAUGGGAGAGGGACUCAAGAUAUGAAGUGUGUGGGGUUGCAGUACUUGGAGGCGAUUCGGAGGCUGAGGAGAUCUGGAUUUGAGCCAAUGCGUGAUGUGUACUUGUCGUAUGUGCCUGAUGAGGAGGUAGGGGGGAAUGAUGGUGCAAAGAGAUUUGUGGAUUCGUUUAUAUUUGAGAAGAUGAAUGUUGGGGUUGUGGUGGAUGAGGGCGGGGCAUCACCUGAUGAGUACUAUCGGGUUUUUUAUGCUGAGAGGACUCCGUGGUGGUUGGUGAUCAAGGCUAGUGGAGCUCCUGGACAUGGUGCUAAGCUUUAUGACAAUACUGCAAUUGGGAACUUGAUGAAGAGCAUUGAGAGUAUUACAAGGUUUAGAGAUGCUCAAUUUGACUUGGUUAAGGCCGGGUUGAUGGCUGAAAGUGAAAUUGUUUCGGUGAAUACAGUUUAUCUGAAAGCGGGUACUCAGUCUGAAGAUGGUUAUGUCAUGAAUAUGCAGCCAUCCGAGGCAGAGGCUGGUUUUGACAUUAGAGUGCCACCUACUAUUGAUGAGGCAUCGUUGGAAGCACGAAUUGCUGAAGAAUGGGCUCCCAGAUCGCGUAACAUGUCAUUUGAAUUCAAGCAGAAGGUUUCUGUGUACGACAAGUUUGGAAAACCUGUCAUCACAGCCACUGAUGAAUCAAAUCCUUGGUGGUCACUACUAGUCGAAGCCAUCAGUAAAGCUGGAGGAAAACUUGGAAAGCCAGAAAUCGCCCCUGCCUCAACCGAUGCUCGUUACUACAGGGAUCGAGGCUUACCAGCAAUUGGCUUUUCUCCAAUAGCAAACACUCCCAUUCUCCUUCAUGAUCACAAUGAGUUUCUGAACAAGGACGAGUACUUGAAAGGCAUUCAAGUUUAUGAAUCCAUAAUCAAAGAGUAUGCAUCUUUUGUUGGUAAUACAAAAGAUAACACUAGAAACGAGGAGCUUUAAAAUUUUGGGAGGUUGGUUUGUGAUGUAUGCUGUGUAGUUGGGAAAACUUGUACUGUAACCAAUUCUCUAUCAAUAAAACUAUGACUACUUCAGUAUCUGUUAAAUAUUA